UGCCAGCAACAUGUCCGGAAUUCCGCCAGCCACUUUCACGGUAAUAGCCGGAGCAGCCAAUCACAAUCAGCGACGUCAACGGCAAACGAAAAAUUCCGCAAACUCAAUUAACAAGAACGAAAACCAGCAACAAAAAGCGCAAGAAGUAGGAAAAAAAGAGCAGCCGUCGGGGUCGAAGACAAAUAGUUGCCACAUUGCUUAGGUAUAGAUAUAGUAACUAUCUUAUCUGUAACCAAGGAUUUAACGCAUGAAAAUACAUUUCCAAUGACAUAAACAUCGAGUAUAAAUUGGCCGAACAAAGCAUUUUGGGUUUCAGUAAUGGUAAAUGGGCACAACGAAAACGAGACAAAAUGAAGACGACCAUUGUGGAGGAGCGAAGUGUUAACGAAACGAUAGAAACGAUAGCCACCAGCAGUGGAACGAUCCAGGAGACCAUCGAGGUGGUCAACAUUAACGAGGGAUCACCUGCACCAAAGCAACGACAUCAUCACCAUCACCAUCGGCAUCAUCAUCAUCAUCAGAGGCAGGAAAAUGUGGAAGUUGUGGAAACGGAGGAAGUGAUUGUUCUGGAUGCAGAAGAAAAACCUCGUAGCAAGCAUCAUCACCAUCAUCAUCAUCACAAGCAGAAGGCUUCGCCGCCGCCUCCGCUGCCAGAAACCUCUCCGCCCUUCCUCACGCCAACCGACGAGGAGGACGAAGUGGAUUUCAAUGUGGUCUGGAAACCCCAAGCUUUUUGGACCCAGCCCUCACCCAAUCCCUCUACGGAUCUGGAUCUCUCGGCAGAGAAGGAAGUCGAGGAGAUAUUGGACACCACCUCGGCAUCAGAUGAAUUCACCACAGUUGUGUGGCAAACGGAGACCAAAGAGACCACAAGGGAAUCCCUGAAACACACAAGGGUGGUGCAGGAGGAAAUCAUUGUUGACCAAGUGGAUCCUCCGGCUUAUGCACCACCACAGCUAAAAGUGCAAACGGGUUUCUUCCCGUCGGGAGUUCAGCAGCCUUCUUCACUUUCACCCAUUGCCGAAGUAGUGCAAACGGAUAUAAUUGUGGAAUCAGAGGAUCCUCCACCAUUCUCGUACAUUCCCAGGGUGAAUCUAGUUCCCACAGAGACCGUUGUAGAGACUGUGACAGUGGCUGCUCCAGCUCAUAUAGAACAGGAACCGGAAUAUCUUCCUCAGCCGGGAUUUGUGGCCAGAAUUAUAGAGAAUAUUGAAGUGGCUGCCGCUUCCCAAUCCCUUCAGGCUCCAGCUCCAGCUCCAAAGGUUUCCAAGUCUGGAGGAUUAGUAGAAACAAUUGUGGAGGAUAUUCAAGUAACAAAAGAGGAGAUCCGAAAUCCUGGAGAAGUAAUAGUUGAAUCCGUUGUGGAGACCAUAGAUGCAGACUCACCUUUUCUACUGCCAACAAAUGGUUUCGAUUCUGAAGAGGAAACAAAUGUGGAAACUAUUGAUGUUAUGACGGAAGCUGAUUCUCCCUUCUUGCUACCAGUUAAUGGUUUCGAUUCAGAACCCACCUAUGUUGAAUCUAUAGUAGAGAAUAUAGAAGUUGUACAACCGGAAUCUGACAAAAUUCCAGUUGAAAGUGCGGCUCCUAAGGCAGGUUUUGUUGAAUCGAUUGUGGAAAAUAUAGAAGUUGAAGAAGAGGAAGAUCCUCCUUUCCUGCUACCCGGCCAAACUGGAUUUAAUCCUCAGCCCGGUAAUGUAGAAUCAAUUAUAGAGAAUAUAGAAAUCACCUCAGAAGUGGAUCCUCCUUUAAGGCCUCCAGUGCAAAAUGAAUUCCAGCCUCGAUCUGGAUUCGUGGAAUCAAUUGUGGAGACCAUUGAAGUUGAACCAGUAGUGGAGCCCCCGCAGCCAGUUAUUCCGGCUACUGUGAUAACUCAACCUGGUUUGGUAGAAACCAUGGUGGAAACUAUAGAAGUUAUAGAGGAUGUGAGUCCUCCAGUUACACCUCCUAUUCCAAUCGAUGUCCCCACUAGUGCUGGCCUGGUGGAAUCUAUUGUGGAAAAUAUAGAAGUCACAGCAGAGGAAGAUCCUCCUCUAAGGCCACCUCUUCCUAUUGGUUUCCCACCUCAAUCUGGGUACGUGGAAUCGAUUGUAGAAGAUAUAGAAGUAACUGAAGUAAGUCCACCAGUGCCACCUCCAGUUCAAAUCGAUAUAAUUCCCCAGACGGGCUUUGUUGAAAAUAUUAUUGAAAAUAUCGAAAUCCAAGAAGAGCCUGAAGUUGUGGAUACCAUUGUGGAAGAGAUCGAAGUAAUACCAAAUGCUCCAUUACGGUCAGUGGUAACCACAGAUUAUAUGCCUCGCUCCAGUAUGGUGCAAGAACUAGUGGUGGAAUCCCUGGAGGUAACACCCACGUCAUCUCCUCCCCCGGAACAGUUUCCCUUUAUCUCUCGAGAGAGUCUUAUCGAGGCCGAUACCUAUGUGGAAGUUGAGGAAGUCAACUCUUACUACACAGCCCAGCAAAGUCCCGAGGUGGAAGUGAAGAGCUUGAGCGAAGCCGAGGCUUAUGUGGAGAUUGUAGAAGUAACACCUAUAAAUACACCCCCAUGCAGUCCUUCGCUGCAGGGACCUGUCGAGAUGGGCUAUCCCCGACCAAGUCUGGCGGAAACAGCAGUAAUUGUGGAAUCCCUGGAUGUUACUCCUACGCCCAGUCCUCCGCCGACUCCUCCACUAAAACUAAGGAUACCUCCUCCGAGCCAGCCUGAAGCUGAGAUAAUUGUAGAGUCCGUGGAUGUUACUCCGACUCCGACCCCACCAAUUGUCAAUCCCCAACCAAAGACGAAGCCACUUAAUAGCUUUAUUCUAACCGAUUUGGUUAUAGACGAUCCUCCCAUCGUAGAAGUAGUGGAAAGAGAAAUCCUUGUGGAGUCCUCACCAAACGGCAAUGUUACGGAAGUCAUAGAAAUCACUGAAGAAAUUGUGGAGCCUCCCACUCCCAUUGGAACUGUUUUGGUGGGUGAGAUUUCCGAGCAAAGUAACGACAAACUCGGCAAACGAUAUUCCCUGAGUGCGGCCUUGGCCCAGGAGAAUAAUCCGGAAAAGACGCAGGAGCAGCCCACGGAGACACCCAUGCAGAAGAGGGACAUAGCAGCCGAACCACCAAAACGUAAAUGUUGCCCUUGCAAAUGCACAAUUUCCUAGAUCCCGAGGUCAGGGGCUUCCCCCAUAGGCAAGGCAAG